AUGAAAAAGAAUAGGCAAUUGAAGGAUAAAUGGGUAGCACAACAAUUCCUUGAUGUGUUCAAAACAAGGCCACACUGGCCUGCGAAGGAAAUUGUAGACUGCAUUAGAAGAGCAUUCAAGGUUAUUGUGACUAGGGAGUUUGCAUACAGAGUGAAAUAUGCAGCUCACAAGCUUUUGCAUGGCUCAAUGUAUGAGCAUUACAAGAAAGUUAAGGGAUAUUUGGCUGCCCUUGAGAGUUGCAGCCCUGGUUCUCACAGUGAGUUGGUAAUUGUGAUGCCAAAACAGCCACCUCCUAUAUUUCAAAGGUUGUUCAUUUGUUUUGAUGGUUUGGCUAAGGGCUGGAUUGAGGGAUGCAGAAAAGUGUUGGCCAUUGAUGGUUGCUUUCUGAAGACCUUUUUGGGUGGACAGUUAUUUUGUGAUGUUGGGAGGGACUCAAAUGACCAAAUGUUCCCUGUGGCUUGGGCUGUAACUGAAGGGGAGAACAGCCUCAGUUGGGAAUGGUUUUUGAAGCAUCUACAGACAUCAUUGGAGCUUGGUGAUGGUAUAGGCCUAGCAAUCCUCAGUGAUGAGCAUCAGGCUAUCCUAAGUGGUGUGUCUUCAGUUCUGCCUCAAGCAGAACAUAGACACUGUGCUAGGCAUGUGUAUGCCAACUGGUCUAAAUCUUACAGGGGAGAUGAAUUCAAACUCCAAUUCUGGAAGAUUGCAAAGUGUUACAAUAAGGCAGAUUAUGAUGAAGCCCUUGAUGAGUUGAGUAUGAUCAAUGUUGAAGCUGCACUGGCUUUCAAAGCUCACAACCCACAACACUUUUGUAGAGCUUUUCUCAGCACAGACAUCAAGACAGAUGCAAUAACCAGUAAUAUAGCUGAAACCUUCAAUGGCUAUAUUAUAAAUGCAAGAACAAAACAUCUGUUGCACAUGCUUGAGGAAAUCAGAUCAAACCUGAUGCAUAGAAUGGUUCAGAAAAGGCAACUGAUGGACAAGUGCACAUCUGUUCUGUGCCCAAGGAUACAGACCAAGCUUAAUCAAGAGAAAGAUAAAGCUGCUAUGUGUGAGGUGUUCCCAUCAACAAUGACACUGUUCAAUGUUACCUGUUUCACAUAUCAGGUAGUUGUGAAUUCGGACAUAAUGACAUGCACUUGCAGGAAGUGGGAUAUGCUAGGCAUUCCCUGCAAGCAUGCAAUUGCUUGUAUUUUUUUCCUGAACAAAGAAGCCGAAGACUUUGUGCACAAGUGUUACACAAAAGAAAGCUACAUGAGAGCAUAUGCAGGUUCAAUUCCUCCUUUAGUUGGGGAAAGGUACCGGCCCAAGGUCACAUACCAGUUGCAGCCUCCACCCAUCAAAAUUGGGCCAGGAAGGCCUAGAAAGAAGAGGGUGAAGGACCCUUAUGAGAACCCAAAGAAGCCUGGGGUGUUGACCAAGUCUGGUGUGGAGAUGACCUGUUCACUGUGUAAUGUGAAGGGUCAUAACAAAAGAAAAUGCCCUGAGAAGGGUAAAAUUGUUCAAUUUCAGUUGACUUCUUUUUGUUCAGUCACAACAAAUGUAACAAGGGGAGCUCCAACCCAUAGGAGUAGAAGCAGCAGGGGUAGGACUGUGUCAGUGAACCAAGGGACUUUGAAUUACUUGAUUAUGGGCACACAGCCAAGUCAGCAAUCCACACUUACUCAGCACCCUCAGUAG